AUGCCGCCCAAGGACAAGUACACCGACCCUGAACUUCGCGAUGAAGUCAAGGAAGAACUCAAGCAGUCCGAGAAGGGCGGUGCGCCAGGCCAAUGGUCUGCUGGCAAGGCUCAAAUGAUGGCCUCUGAGUACAAAAAACGCGGAGGCGACUACACAACCGACAAAUCCCAAAAGGACGAGUCGCAACAAAACCUCUCCAACUGGGGCGACGAGGAGUGGCAAACCAAGGAAGGCUCCGGACACGCGAAGAAGGAAGAUGGGACGGAGAAACGGUAUCUGCCUAAGAAGGCGUGGGAACAGAUGAGUGAGAAGGAGAAGGAGGAGACGGAUCGGAAGAAGCAGGAGGAGAGUAAGGAGGGGAAGCAGUAUGUUGAGAAUACCGGGAAGGCGAAGGAGAGUCGGAAGAAGGCUAACGAGGAUCAGGAUGAGGAAGACGAUGACGAUGACGAUGACGAUGAAGAGCUAGAUGCUGCUGCCAAGGAUGAUGAGGACGAAGAAGAGUUCAUCGAUGACGGCGAGGCCAACGACGAGGACGACGAGGAAGACGAAGACGUCGAAGCCGAAGGCGAAGCCGACGCCGACGAGGGCGAAGACGACGCCAAACCCGGCGAAAAACGCAAACCCAAAAAGCAACAACCCAACGGCACGCCCAAGAAACAAAAAUCCUCCUCCAACUCCAACUCCAACAAAUCCAACGGCAAAACCAUCGGCUCCAAACACAUGGACGCCACCGAACCCGCGCCUCGCGGCUCCGCAGAUCGUCUCCCCAAGAAAGGCCAGCACAUCCAAUGGAAGGCCAUGCCGGGGUACGUCGAUGGAGAGGUUGUCGAGGUUCUCACGCAAGGCAAGAAUGUUGAUGGGAAGUCUGUCAAGGCGUCCAAGGAGGAUCCGAAGAUUGUGUUGAAGUCGAGUUCGAGUGGGAAGAUUUGUGUGCAUAAGCCGGAGGCGUGUUUUUUUGAGGAUUGA